AUUAAACAAGCAGGUGUGUGUAUGGUUCAGGAAGUUUUUCAGUGAGAUAUUAGAAAGGAAGAUGAAAGAGAAAAAGCAAAGGCUUGCUCUAGUCUCUCUAGGCGCCACUUAAAUGCUAAUAGAAUAUACUAAUUUGUUGACGAGGAAAAUCGAAGAUCACAUUUUUUAAGCGAGGCCAGGGAGAGCGAUGCUUACACUAGAAUAGAAUAUCAAGCGUAUUCCUUGUGCUCAUGGCGGCUUCGGGCGUACUCUUGCUUCAGAAACAUGCAGUAUCGCCAUGGAGCGAGAGACGCAGAUGCCCUUCAACCGUCAAGUUAUUGCAGAACUGUAGUAAUAGAAUAUUAUGGGCGACUAGAAGAAAUUUUGUGUAUGAUGGAAUUCGGCUGAGGAAUGCCUCUCCUGCAGCCAUUGGUACAGUUGUUCCUGUGGAGUGCUCUCACUCAGAAUCGAGCUUCCAACCUUCUCAAUCGCAGAGUCAGACAGUGAAGCUGGAGGAUAUAUUGGCUGAACGAGGGGCCUGUGGUGUUGGAUUUAUUGCAAACUUACGGAAUAGUCCUUCUCAUAGCAUUAUACAGGAUGCACUCACAGCACUCGGUUGUAUGGAACAUCGUGGGGGAUGUAGUGCAGACAAUGACUCAGGUGAUGGUGCUGGGCUAAUGACCAGGAUUCCAUGGUAUUUAUUAAAUGAUUGGCUCAACAAACAGGGACUUCCUUCUUUAGAUGAGGCCAAUACAGGGGUGGGAAUGGUAUUUCUUCCCAGAGAAGAACAGGAUAAUCAAGCAGCCAAAGCAAUUAUGAACAAUAUUUUUGAAAAGGAGGGUUUGAAGGUGCUUGGAUGGAGGUCUGUACCUGUCAAUGCUUUAGUGGUAGGUUACUAUGCAAAAGAAACCUUGCCAAGCAUUGAACAGGUAUUUGUGAAAGUGGCGAAAGAGAAUACUACCGAGGAUAUUGAAAGGGAAUUGUACAUUUCCCGUAAGUUAAUUGAAAGGGCGGCAGAAGUUGAAGUUUGGGGAAAUCAGCUUUACUUUUGCUCUUUCUCCAAUCAAACAAUUGUUUACAAAGGGAUGCUUAGAUCAGAAGUUCUUGGACAAUUUUACCUAGAUCUUCAGAAUGAGUUAUAUAUCUCAUCUUUUGCUAUUUACCAUAGGCGAUACAGCACAAAUACCAGUCCUAGGUGGCCUCUGGCACAGCCAAUGAGAUUCCUUGGCCAUAAUGGAGAAAUUAACACAAUACAGGGAAAUUUGAACUGGAUGCGGUCACGUGAGGCCUCUAUUAAGGCUCCUGUUUGGCGUGGGCGUGAAAGUGAGAUUUGCCCAUAUGGCAAUGCAAAGGCAUCAGAUUCAGCUAAUCUUGAUAGCGUGGCAGAAUUGUUGAUAAGAAGUGGUCGCAGCCCUGAGGAGGCACUUAUGAUUCUUGUUCCUGAGGCAUACAAGAAGCAUCCAACAUUGGCAAUUAAGUACCCUGAGGUUGUUGAUUUCUAUGAAUAUUACAAAGGACAAAUGGAGGCCUGGGACGGACCAGCAUUACUUCUAUUCAGUGAUGGCAAAACUGUUGGUGCUUGCCUGGAUCGAAAUGGCCUUCGUCCUGCACGGUAUUGGCGAACAAAAGAUGACAUUGUUUAUGUUGCAUCAGAGGUGGGUGUGCUACCAAUGGAUGAAUCUAAGGUAACCAUGAAGGGUCGUCUGGGUCCAGGAAUGAUGAUAGCUGUUGACUUGGAGAAGGGUGAGGUGUAUGAGAAUACAGGGGUAAAGAGACGUGUUGCCAUGGGAAACCCAUACCGACAGUGGUUAGAUGAAAAUAGUAGAUCUGUAAAAAAUUCUAAGUUCCUUGCAUCCACAUUGAUGGAUGGUGAAACAGUUUUACGGAAUCAGCAGGCCUAUGGUUAUUCAAGUGAAGAUGUUCAGAUGGUUAUUGAGAACAUGGCUUCUCAAGGGAAGGAGCCAACAUUUUGUAUGGGAGAUGACAUUCCACUAGCGGUGCUGUCUCGAAAGUCACACAUGCUUUAUGACUACUUCAAGCAACGUUUUGCACAGGUUACAAAUCCUGCAAUUGAUCCUUUGAGAGAGGGUUUGGUUAUGUCUCUUGAGGUUAAUCUUGGGAAACGAGAAAAUAUUUUGGAAGUUGGACCACAGAAUGCUGCCCAGGUAACUUUGUCAAGCCCUGUGUUGAAUGAGGGAGAGCUAGAUUCAUUGAAGAAAGAUUUGUACUUGAAGCCUUGCGCGUUACCAAUAUUUUUUGAUAUCAGCAAAGGUCUUGAUGGAUCACUGCAAAAGGCAAUAAACAGACUUUGUGAAGCUGCAGAUGAGGCUGUUCGUGAUGGUUCACAAAUCUUAAUCCUCAGUGACCGUGCUGAUAGAUUGGAACCUACUAGGCCUGCAAUUCCUUUACUUCUGGCAGUUGGAGCUGUUCAUCAACACUUGAUACAAAAUGGCCUGCGCAUGCAAACUUCUAUUGUUGCUGAUUCAGCUCAAUGCUUUAGCACCCAUCAUUUUGCAUGUCUAAUUGGAUAUGGUGCCAGUGCUGUUUGUCCUUAUCUGGCUCUGGAGACAUCUCGUCAAUGGCGUUUGAGCACGAAAACGGUAAAUAUGAUGAGGAAUGGAAAGAUGCCAACAGUUACCAUUGAGCAAGCACAGAAGAACUUUUGCAAGGCAGUCGAGUCAGGACUUCUGAAGAUACUUUCAAAGAUGGGCAUCUCUUUGCUUUCAAGUUAUUGUGGAGCACAAAUUUUUGAGAUAUAUGGACUAGGUAAAGAGGUGGUUGAUUUAUCAUUUUGUGGAAGCGUCUCUCAAAUUGGUGGCUUGAAUCUUGAUGAGUUGGCACGUGAAUCCUUAUCAUUUUGGGUAAAAGCCUUUUCAGAGGACACUGCUAAAAGGCUUGAAAACUUUGGGUUUAUACAAUUUAGACCUGGAGGUGAAUAUCAUGGAAAUAACCCAGAGAUGUCAAAAUUGCUACACAAAGCUGUUCGACAGAAGAAUGAAAAUGCGUUUGCAGUCUACCAACAGCAUCUUGCUAACCGACCAGUGAAUGUACUUCGUGACCUUCUGGAAUUUAAAAGUGACCGACCUCCAAUUCCUGUGGGAAGAGUGGAGGAUGCAUUGACAAUCAUCAAGCGCUUUUGCACUGGGGGCAUGUCACUAGGAGCUAUUUCAAGGGAAACACAUGAAGCAAUUGCAAUAGCAAUGAACAGAGUCGGAGGAAAAUCUAACUCAGGGGAAGGGGGAGAGGAUCCUGUGCGUUGGAAACCUUUAUCAGAUGUUGUUGAUGGAUAUUCACCCACAUUACCGCACCUUAAAGGUCUUCAAAAUGGAGACACUGCCACUAGUGCAAUAAAACAGGUUGCUUCUGGACGUUUUGGUGUCACCCCAACAUUUCUCGUAAAUGCAGAACAGCUAGAGAUCAAGAUUGCACAAGGGGCAAAACCAGGAGAAGGAGGGCAGCUGCCUGGCAAGAAAGUUAGUGCUUACAUAGCAAGAUUACGUAACUCCAAACCUGGUGUACCCCUUAUUUCACCCCCUCCCCACCAUGAUAUCUAUUCUAUAGAGGAUCUUGCUCAGUUGAUCUUUGACCUGCAUCAGGUUAAUCCAAAGGCAAAGGUUUCUGUCAAGCUUGUAGCAGAAGCUGGGAUUGGAACUGUUGCCUCUGGAGUUGCAAAAGGAAAUGCUGAUGUAAUACAGAUAUCUGGACAUGAUGGUGGCACUGGAGCAAGUCCAAUAAGUUCUAUAAAACAUGCUGGUGGUCCUUGGGAGCUUGGUCUUACAGAGACUCAUCAGACACUUAUUGAGAAUGGGCUGCGUGAGAGAGUUGUUCUUAGGGUUGAUGGUGGCUUCAAAAGUGGAGUUGAUGUCAUGUUAGCAGCUGCCAUGGGUGCAGAUGAAUAUGGGUUUGGCUCAGUAGCUAUGAUAGCUACUGGGUGUGUAAUGGCUAGAAUUUGCCACACAAACAAUUGCCCUGUUGGAGUUGCUAGCCAGAGGGAGGAAUUGCGUGCACGGUUUCCUGGGGUCCCAGGAGAUCUGGUGAACUUAUUCCUGUAUGUUGCAGAAGAGGUUAGAGGCAUUCUAGCAGAGCUAGGAUAUGAGAAGCUGGAUGAUAUUAUUGGAAGAACAGAUUUGCUAAGGCCAAGACAUAUCUCUCUCAUGAAGACCCAGCAACUUGAUCUAAGUUACAUCCUUUCUAAUGUUGGGCUACCAAAAUGGAGUAGCACAAAGAUAAGAGAGCAAGAAGUUCAUACAAAUGGACCUGUUUUAGAUGAUAUUUUGCUGGUGGAUCCUGAGAUUUCAGUUGCAAUAGAAAAAGAAAGUUUAGUAAGGAAAACCGUAAAUAUCUACAAUGUAGAUCGUGCAGUGUGUGGUCGCAUUGCUGGUGUCAUUGCCAAAAAAUAUGGAGAUACAGGCUUUGCAGGACAACUUGAUAUAACAUUUGUCGGUAGUGCAGGACAGUCAUUUGGAUGCUUUUUGACACCUGGCAUGAACAUUAGGCUUGUGGGAGAAGCCAAUGACUAUGUUGGCAAGGGCAUGGCUGGUGGAGAAAUUGUUAUAGUUCCAUGUGAAAACACAGGUUUCAUACCAGAAGAUUCAACUAUUGUUGGAAAUACUUGCUUAUAUGGUGCUACUGGAGGUCAGCUCUUUGUCAGAGGGAAAGCUGGUGAACGUUUUUCUGUCAGGAAUUCUCUUGCUGAAGCUGUUGUUGAAGGGACUGGUGAUCAUUGCUGCGAGUACAUGACUGGUGGUUGUGUAGUUGUCCUUGGAAAGGUUGGUCGCAAUGUUGCUGCAGGUAUGACUGGUGGUCUAGCUUACCUUCUUGAUGAAGAUGAUACACUGAUUCCAAAGGUAAACAAGGAGAUAGUGAAGAUCCAAAGAGUAGUAGCACCAGUUGGUCAGUUACAACUAAAACAAUUGAUACAGGCUCAUGUGGAGAGAAGUGGAAGCACCAAGGGUAGUGCAAUUCUACAAGAAUGGGAGAAGUUUUUGCCUAUGUUUUGGCAACUUGUGCCACCAAGUGAGGAAGACACUCCUGAAGCCAAUGCUGAGUUUGGGGGAGACCGAACACUAGAAAGAAUCAGUCUGCGCUCUGCAUAGACAGAUGCUAUUCAGUAAUUGCCAGAAAGUAUCAGUAAUUGAUCUGAAUUAUCAUAUUAUGUUCAAAUUCCUUGCUUUGCCAUGAAGUUGAAGUUGAUUCAAGGCGGGGGAAACAAUCCUCAGGUCGGAGGAAAUAAGAGGAGCACACUUUCUGUAUUCUGUCUACUUGUUGAUUCCAAUUUGUUAUGAGGGUGUAAAUACCAGAUGAUCAUAUCAUUUCUGUAAACUAAAUUGUAUAGCUCUACUACUAUCAAAUUCAAAUAAAAUGCUCUAGGGUUUAUAUGUUAA